AUGGCCUCCAGGUCUGCGGUGCUGCCGCUCGCCUUCGCGCGCAGGGAAGCUUGCUGCUCCUCCCCCGCGGCGUGGAGGAGGGCGGCCCCAAGCAGAGCUGCCGCACAGUACUCGACGAGCGUCCCGGUGCAGAGAAGGGCGGUGCAGAGAGGCAUUGCCGGUCCGACAGGGUUGCUGGGUCAGCAGCAGAGGUCCUUCUCGCACGUAUCGGCCAGGAGAACGGAGCAGGGGUCCGGGUUCAGGCCAGAGGAUAUCCAGAGAGAGUCCGACGAGGUAGACGUCUGCAUCGUCGGUGGAGGUGAGUUCAAUUGGUCCUCUUUUCUUGUGGACGGAAGCGGCCGCGAUGACGGUGAGGCUGACGGCUUGUCAACAGGUCCUGCCGGUCUAUGCGCCGCCAUCCAGCUGAAGAAGCUGGCGAACGAAGCCGGAAAUGAAGACUUCCGUGUCCUGCUGCUCGAGAAGGCAGGCGAGAUCGGAGACCACAUCGUGUCCGGGAACGUUCUACAGCCCACCGCGAUCAACGAGCUGCUGCCGGACUGGCUGGCGGAGGACAACCCCAACCGGUUCGAGCACACCACCCCCGUAACGACGGAUAAGAUGCGGUUCCUGACCGAGAAAUACUCCAUCCCCAUCCCGGCGCCUCCACAGAUGAACAACCACGGAAACUACAUACUCUCCCUCAGCCAGCUAUGUAAGUGGCUCGGAGAACGGGCGGAAGAGCUGGGGGUAGAGGUAUAUCCGGGGUUCGCUGCCAGUGAAGUGCUCUACAAUACCGAUGGCUCGGUCAAGGGAGUCGCCACCAAUGAUGUCGGCAUCGGACGUAACGGUCAGCCCAAGGAGUCGUUCGAGAGGGGGAUGGAAUUCCAUGCCCGCGUCACUCUGCUUGGAGAAGGAUGCCACGGCUCUCUGACGAAGAAGGUGAUGAAGAAAUUCGACCUGCGCCGCGACUCCCAGCCCCAGACGUACGGCAUCGGUAUCAAGGAAGUAUGGGAGAUCCAGCCAGAGAAGUUCCGCAAGGGUGAGGUGACGCACACGAUGGGCUACCCGCUACCUAGGGACACGUACGGUGGCUCUUUCAUGUAUCACUUUGGGGAAAACAUGGUCUCCGUAGGCUUGACUGUGGGACUGGACUACCCCAACCCCUGGCUCUCACCCUACAACGAGUUCCAGAAACUAAAGCAGCACCCUCUCUUCCGCAGCGUGCUGGAAGGCGGCCAAUGCAUCGCCUAUGCUGGGCGUGCACUCAUCGAAGGUGGCUUCCAGUCCAUCCCCAAAUGCGCCUUUCCGGGAGGCGCCCUCAUCGGCGACAGCGCCGGCUUCAUGAACGUCCCCAAGGUCAAGGGCACACAUACCUCCAUGCUCUCGGGCAUGCUUGCUGCAAAGGCAACAUACUCUGCUCUCUCCGGCAACUCGUCGGACGGCACCAUCUUCCUGUACGAGUACGAAGACGCGCUGCGCUCCUCUACCAUCUGGUCUGAACUCAAGGAGGUCCGUAACAUGCGUCCGUCGUUCAACACUCCGCUGGGAAUCUACGGCGGUAUCAUGUACAGUGGACUAGAAGCCUACAUCCUCCGUGGCCGUGUUCCAUGGACCCUCAAGCACCACGGAACAGACUCGGCGGCCACUCGACCAGCGAGCGAGUGCAAGAAGAUCGAGUAUCCAAAGCCGGAUGGCGUCGUCAGCUUCGACAUCCUAACCAGCGUGAGCCGGACGGGAACAAACCACGAGGAAGACCAGCCCGUCCACCUCCAGGUUGCCGACUGGGAAAAGCAUACGGCCGAGGCGUGGCCGAAGUGGCAGGGGGUGGAGAACCGGUUCUGCCCUGCUGGCGUGUACGAGUACAUCGAGGACAAGGACAAGCCGCAUGGAGUUCGGUUCCAAAUCAAUGCUCAGAAGUAA